GAGUAUAGUUUGUUUGAUGCCAGAUGAACAGGUGCUUUGCUUUGGGCGAUAUUAAACCGGCAUUGAGUUACCAGUUGGCUUUGGACAUUCACCCAGGACCACACGUGUGUCCACAACGUUAAUUUUAAAAAUACAUUUAUUAAAUUUGGAUUAUUCAUCAGGCUAAUAAGUAAAACAUUUCAAUAGUUGAAAAAAUAAAUUGAUAGUGUUUGCAAGCGUCAGUCAAAGACGGCCAUGAUGAUAUCAAACAAUUUUUAUUUCUUCAUGUAAAUUACGAGUGAUCAUCAAAAAUACUUGGCUAAUGUUAAAAUGUUUUUUUACUUUUUAAAUAUAUUUUUAUGUCAAUUACUGUGAUUAUUUUAAUAACCCAUUUGGGAAUAUUUUAAUUGGAUAUUAUGAUAACAAACGUGCAAUCGAAAUGCGCGAGGAAGAGCUCGAAAUAUCACUCAAGGUGGUCAUAGUUGGAAAUGGAGCAGUUGGUAAAUCGUCAAUGAUACAAAGAUUUUGCAAAGGAACAUAUACAAGAGAUUACAAAAAAACAAUUGGUGUUGAUUUUUUAGAACGUCAAAUUGAAAUUGAUAACGAAGAUGUGAGACUUAUGCUUUGGGAUACAGCUGGUCAAGAAGAAUUUGAUGCAAUAACAGCAGCAUAUUAUCGUGGUGCACAUGCAUGUGUAUUGGCAUUUUCUGGUACAGAUAGAGAUUCAUUUGAUGCAAUACCAUCAUGGAAGUUAAAAAUUGAAAAAGAAUGUGGUGAAAUACCAACAGUUCUUGUACAAAAUAAAAUUGAUCUUGUUGAACAAUGCCAAGUUGAUCCAGAAGAGGCUGAAAGACUUGGUAGAGCAUUGGGCUGUAAAUUAUUACGAACAUCAGUCAAAGAAGACGUUGGUGUUGUAAGUGUAUUUCGUCAUUUAGCAUCAAGAUGUCUUUUAGAAAUGCGACGAUGUGAAGAUGACUAUCAAGAUGAUCUCAACAUGUAUUCAUCUGGACCAAGAUCACCCUCUCUUAUCAGUGCAUUUAGUCCUAAUGAGUGUACACGAACAAAUGGAAAUGGUACAAUUGUUUUACGUCCUGGAGGUGGUAGGCAACGUCAUCAUAAAAAAAAAAGUUUUGUCAAGAAUGCAUGUCGUAUUUUGUGAGAAUAAUCAUCACACUUGAACUUAAUUUAAUAUUAAAUUUUAAUAAAAAGUCUGCUAAAAUUAUAAUCAAAAUAAAUACAUAAGCUGCAUAUUUUUUUGUGGCAGUUUUAUGAAAAA